UUGAUGUAGCUCAUGUCGAUUUGAGAGAAGUUUACUCAUUGCACGGAUAUGAGCCGCCCUUAUCGCAAUCGAACGCGAUACAGGCAACAUCCCUACAAACAUUGGACAGAAUCGAGCGCUGUCAAGCAAGAAAGAGUGUUUGAAGAUAAGAACUUUUCAUCAUCACCGUAUCCAACUUCUGCACCAGAUAAUGGCGGUAAAAGUCAACUGCCAGGUUGGGAUUACCUUCUGCGUCGCAAAGCUGAAAGUAUUAACGAUCGCAUUCUCAAGAGUAAAGCAUCAGAAUCUUAUGGUGGAACAUCUUAUAGUGGAGCUUAUGAGGUAUCGUCACAGUUUGUAAUCAAACAGGAGCCAGGUAAUCCAACUGUAAGAGAACAAUAUAGUUAUUCAGCGUUAUCAUGGACAACUUGUAAUGACCGUGCUCACGAUUAUGCUCAAAAGGGAAAGUUUUGGAUUGAAAGGACAGCAGAGAGAAACAUCCUGGAACCUGAAGCUAGACAAUCGCGUUCCGAUCGACUGGCUGAUGCUUAUGAGAAUCACCAGACGCGCAAAGUUAAAUUCGAACAUCCUUUGGGGUUCCGUGAAAGCCGUCAUUCCAAUUACUCAGCUACAAGUUCUGGUCAAGGUAGUCAUCUGACGGUCGAAAAAUUGAUUUCUAACAUUCGAAGGGCUGUUGCUUCAAAUCCAAAUUUUAAGAGAAACGUAGUAGAUUCCGUAUGCAGUCAGACAUCAGGGAAUGGCAAGAAACAAAGUAGCAUUUCAGAUAAAAGUGUUGAGACAUGUACAACAAGUUCUGAAUUAAGAAACCCUGUUACUCAAGGGUCUGAGGAAACAUUGACCUGUAAUUUGCCUCAAAAUACUGGUGAUGAAGUCAAGCAUGGUACCAUGAUGGACAAUAAUGAAGAAGUUGAACAUGGUUCUAUGUUAAACAAGACUAGUGACGUAGCAAAUGGCAGGAGAAAAAUAAACCAUGUCUCAAAGCCAGAUAUGAGGAGAAAUAAGCAUAAUCCUGGAGGAGGGAAGACUCUUAUCCAUACUUUGCCUUAUCCAGCCGAAGGUGUUGAAGUGCAAUACACCAAAGACCCAGUUGAAGCAGAGGCUUGGUUAAAGAAUAAUGUUAUUGAUUGUUCUGCACAAGCAGUUGGUUUAGACAUUGAGUGGAAGCCCCAACUGAAAAGGAAGAAGGACGGAGGAGUAGAAAACAAGACUGCAGUGUUGCAGCUGAGUGUUGAAGGAUCAUGUUUGGUUUUGCACCUUUGCCAUAUGGAGUCAAAACCAGUGUUGUUGAGGAAUGUUUUGAGUAACAAGUUGAUCUUAAAAGUUGGAAGUGGAAUUUUACAAGAUGUAACAAAGCUAAAUCGUGACACAGGACUUAGUUGCAAGGGGCUUAUGGAUACACAGAAAAUGGCCAAGUCAAUUGGUAUUCCUGUUUCACAGAAGCUAGGGCUUAAAGCUCUUGCCAAACAUUUCCUUGGAAUUGACCUGGAAAAACCAAAGUCAGUGUCCAUGAGCAAUUGGGAGAGAUUUCCCUUGAGACUUAAACAAAUUCACUAUGCUGCAUUAGAUGCAUGGAUUGGAUUGAAAAUUUACCUGCACAUGAAAAUGGUAAAGGGCCAAGAACAAGUGUUUAUGGAGGAGGAUGAUGAGGAGAAGCAUGUAAAAACUCUCCAGUGUCAAGUGUGUGGCAAAAAGGUUAAAGGUCAAGAUAGCCUGAAUAAACACAGCACAAUUCAUCCUCAGUGCAAAUGUGGACAGAUUUUUUUGUCGGAAAUUUCCAAGAAGCACAAGAAGAAGUGUCCUUUUGGUAGGGCUUUGGUGCAAGAAGGUCAAACUGAUGAUGAUGUCACAGUUUGGUGCCAGGGCUGUGGAAAGAAGUGCAAGAAUGAAGAAGUAUUCAAGAGGCAUGUAAGAGAAGUAGGGCAUGUGCAAUGUCCAUUUUGUAACAGGUUACUUCAAAACUCACAAAGCAUUAAACAUAUUCAGAGGUGCAAAAAUAUAAACUGAAAGUAGUUCUGAGUUGAUCUCUGGAACAUGCUAUUGAGCUUGUGUUUUGUUUUCUUAGAUUGUUAUUUGUUGAAUUUUCUUAUCUAGAAUCAUUUAUUUGCAGAAAACUUGUAUCUUGUUGCAUUAGAUGGAAUGGGGAAAGAUUGUGGCAUGUUAUUCUUCUCAGAAUAACCCUUCAUUUAAAUUCUGGUGUGAAUCAAAAUAUGAAAUAAAGGUUAUUUUUGUAUUUCA